GACCAAUCCAGCGACAAAAACUGUGCACAGUUUUCUCGAAAUUAGAGCCCCCGCUUGUUCUUCUGUAAAACACUUCUAUUUUCAUCUUCAUCAUUAUACUCCAGCGACCGCCUUAUCGUUUUUGUACUGGUAAUGUUAUUCCUAUUCUCAUUGAAUGAAUCACAGAGCACGAUAGAAGUAAAACGAACUGACCAAGCACGUCGGAAUAGUAUUUGUUUUCUUCUCUAAAAAUCUGCUUCAUAGAAAUCUCCUCCUCGACGACGUGUGCUUCAAAAGCAAGUAGAAAAUGCAAUCAGCUACGGGAGGCACAAUGAUCUCAACAACGUCCUCCGCAGACGUUGCCACCGCAGCUGCUUUCAGCUCCGUCGGUGCAGCUGCCGGGACGAUGGUCAAGGGGAACAAGGUGAAAACUGUGAAAAAAUCAAUGAAAAAAACCCCUUUGUCGAAGAAGGGAAAGAAAAUGAAGAAAGCCGGUGGGGCAAGCAAGAAGCCUGCCUCGUCGGUAGUACUCACGAAGCAGGGAGACGCACAAGCGAAAACAGCUCCUGCUGCAAGUAAGAAACCGUCACAGGAUGAAUCCGUAUCACAGACAAAUGGUGGAGUAGCAGCACAGCUCGACGGGGAAGGAACGCCAGCGCCAACGACCAAAUCGAGAAACGCGAAGCAGCGAGCGCGGAAGAAGAGUAGUAAAAAUAAGGUGCUAAAUUGGAAGCCGGUGAGCCUACCGAAUGAAUUUCGAGCUACUUGGGACGAAAGUGGGAAGGUGAAUUACGGUGAGAUGUUCGGAGUAACGGUGGAAGAGUUGGACGCAGGUGACUACGAGAUUUUCGGUCUAGAUAAGAAAACGCAAACCUCUACUACCUCCGGCAUACAAGCUGGCGAUAUUACGGCAGCAGGGAAGAACAAGAAGACGACUACUAAAGUCAUGAAGAAGAAGGGAGCUGCUGGUCCUGCGACAAACAAGAACUCCGCUGUAGUCACAACCUCGUCGACCUGCUCUUCCGAUGUAAUUAGUGCUGCUGAACCUGCAGCUGCGACGAAGGCGGAGAACGAGAAGCAUAAAAAUCUGAAGCGUGCGCGAACCGACCACUCAGAACCUGGUGGUGCUGGUGCUUCGCUGGGUGGAAGCAAAAAGUCUACCUCUGCUCUUUCUACUGGGGACGAAGAUCAACAUGUCAGGGCAGAAGAAAAAGUGGCAGCUGAAUUAUCGGAUCGUGAUGCACCAAGGUCUGCUUCGCAACUGAAGAAAGGAAAAGAGAAUAGUACGAAGAGUAAGAGAAGCGAGAAGAAGGAACAGCAGACGUCUGCAGCACCUGUAAAACGUAUUGCAGAAGUGGCAAAGUGUACUAGCAACAAGCAAGAGAGCCAGCAAAUAAAGGGUGAUAAAUCGUCCUCACCGACCACAUCAACGAAAAGUAAGGGUCGCGGCGACGAAACUUCUACAGCCACCUCCUGUCCGCCGGAGUCCGAAAUCGCGAAAAUCGAGAAAAAUUGGAACCCGGACAACAGUCUCCCCUUCCCCCUCCACCCUGCUCUUCUGCAAGGGUUAGCGCACAAGAAGUUCUACCGGCCCUCCGCGAUCCAGCAGGCCUGUCUGGUGCCGGCGCUCGCCGGGAAGGAUAUCGUCGGCGUUGCGGAAACGGGCAGCGGAAAAACGCUGGCCUUCGGGUUGCCCGUACUGCAAAAGUGUUUGGAGAUGAAAGAAACAAAAAAUCAUGGGACAACUAGUGGAAGCAGGAGUAAUAAAGAUGAACUCGGAGGACGACUCCAGGACCUGCAAGUAGGUGAAGAAACCACGACGACGGCAACUACAGCAGCAAGUUCUAGUACCUGCUGUCCUGCACGAGAGCAGUCAUCCAAUUCCCCUCUCGUCGGCUUGAUUAUUGUCCCGACGCGGGAACUUGCGCAGCAGGUGAAAAAGCACUUGGACGACGUCGUGCAGAAGUUUGCCGCCCUGCCAGGCAGCGCGGUACUGCCAGCAUCAACAUCAUCUCAGCAUCACGAGUAUAAACAGCAGGUGUUCACGGUCUGUCUCGUGGGCGGGCUGACCCCGAUCAAACAGCUGCGUUUACUGGAGAAACAACCCCAGAUCAUCGUCGGCACACCGGGGCGAAUUGCGCAGUUGGCCGGGUUGGUCACGGUGUCGAAGAAAAACACGAAUGAGGACGCGAUCUCGGAUAUCAAAUGCAAAAAUGUCUGGGUCUGGAAGAUUCUGAGAUUACUAUCUAAACUGCAGCAGCUGGUCAAAAAUGCAGGCGAGGGGUAUGUUCGGGGGUAUGUUCGGGGGUGUGUCAGGGGUAUGCAAAUGCUCCUCAAUCACGAGCGGACUGCAAUUUUUUGCCGAAAAACCAACAGGUGGGGUAUAAACAUACCCCAGACACACCCCAGACACACCCCAGACAUACCCCAGACAGACCCCCGAACAUACCCCAGGCAAAAAGUCCGAACAUACCCCAGACACACCCCGGACAAACCCCGCGCAGACUUUCGGACACACCCCGGGCAGACUUUCGGACACACCCCGGCCAAACUUUCGGACUUUGCCAUGUGAGGUUUGGAGCCGAAGCCCAGUCUGUCACGCGAGACCGUGCGGCCAAGGGGCGAAAGCCCUAGGCCAGCGCGGGGACUCGGUCCCCGCGUCAUGGCCUAGGGGCCAGCUGUAAGCGCUUCCCGGACACCGUGCGGCCAAGGGGCGAAAGUCCUAGGCCAGCGCGGGGACUCGGCCCCCGCGCCAUGGCCUAGGGGCCAGCUGUUGGCGUUUCCCGGGCAUGGUGUGGCCAAGGGGCGAAAACCCUAGGCCAGCGCGGGGACUCGGUCCCCGCGUCAUGGCCUAGGGGCCAGCUGUGAGCGCUUCCCGGACACCGUGCGGCCAAGGGGCGAAAGUCCUAGGCCAGCGCGGGGACUCGGUCCCCACGUCAUGGCCUAGGGGCCAGCUGUUGGCGUGUCCCGGGCACGGUGUGGCCAAGGGGCGAAAGCCCUAGGCCAGCGCGGGGACUCGGUCCCCGCGUCAUGGCCUAGGGGCCAGCUGUGGCUGUGCGCGCGCUUCCCGGACACCGUUCGGCCAAGGGGCGAAAGCCCUAGGCCAGCGCGGGGACUCGGUGGGCCCCCGCGUCAUAGCCUAGGGGCCAGCUGGGAGCGCCUCCCGGACACCGUGCGGCCAAAGGGCGAAAGUCCUAGGCCAGCGCGGGGACUCGGUCCCCGCGUCAUGGUCUAGGGGCCAGCUGUUGGCGUUUCCAUCCCGGGCGAGGUGUGGCCAAGGGGCGAAAGCCCUAGGCCAGCGCGGGGACUCGGUCCCCGCGUCAUGGACUAGGGGCCAGCUGUCGGCGCUUCCCGGACACCGUGCGGCCAAGGGGCGAAAGCCCUAAGCCAGCGCCGGGACUCGGUCUCCGCGUCGUGGCCUAGGGGCCAGCUGAGCGCGCUUCCCGGACAACGUGUAGCCAAGGGGCGAAAGCCCUAGGCCAGCGCGGGGGCUCGGUGGGGCCCCGCGUCAUGGACUAGGGGCCAGCUGUGCGCGCUUCCCGGACACCGCGCGCGCGGCCAAGGGCGGGGCAAAGCGAACCCUUAGGGCAGCGCGGGGACUCGGCCCCCGCGCCAUGGCCUAGGGGCUGGCUCGCAGCACUUCCCGCGACGCCGUGCGGCAAAAGGGCGAAAACCCUGCCUAGGCCAGCGCACGCGGGGACCCUCUCUGCCCCCGCGCCAUUGCCUAGGGGCCAGCUGUAAGCGCUUCCCGGACGCCGUGCUGCCAAGGGGCGAAAGCCCUAGGCCAGCGCGGGGACUCGGUCCCCGCGCCAUGGCCUAGGGGCCAGCUGCAGGCGCUCCCCGGCGACACCGUGCGGCCAAGUUAGGGGCGAAAGCCCCAGGCCAGCGCGGGGACUGCUCGCUCGGUCCCCGUGUCAUGGCCUAGGGGCCAGCUUUGGGCGCUUCGUUCCCGGACAACGAACGUGCGGCCAAGGGGGCUAGCUACGAACACUCCCCGGACACCACACCGCGCGGCCGAGGAUGGAAGGGGCAGAGAAAAGCCCCAGGGCAGUGCGGGGACUCUGUCGCCGCGUCAUGACCUGGGGGCCGGCUCCCGGCCCGGCACGCGCCAGUUAGUUUCUUUUUUUCUUUUAUCUUUGCGCGCGGCAGGCUAAUGAAUCUAGUGCGCGCAAGCAAGGGGGCCGCGUCCGCAGGCCCGUCGCGGGUCAGUGAAUGCAAGGCGCACCGAGAUACCUAGCUGCAGGCGACCUGCCUGGCCAGUGCCACCGCGCAGACAAAUGUAAUGCCGGAAGGUCGCCGCACGGGGACUCUGUCCCCGUGCUCGGACCUUGUUUGUCAUGCAUGUUUUGCAUGACCCAGGAUGUCCGUAAUGCACGACCUAGCAUCACAGAUUUUUAGAGAACUCCCUGAUGCCCACUCCGCAUGACAAACGCUCUCCCCGCGUAGCACAAACUAGACGCCUCUUGCUGGUCAUGCAAUGCAGAUUUUUUUAGAGUCCAAAGUUAGCAUCACAAGUUCACAUCUUUCCAGACCCAGACAUUUUUGCAUUUGAUCUCGGAGCAGUCACAGUGGCUGGUGGAAAACUUCAAGCAGGUGCAAUUUCUAUCGUAAGGAAAUAUCCCCCCUCCCCAUAUCAAAAACGAAGCCACAGAAAUAAAUUUGCAAUGCUAAAUUGUGACCACAAAUCGUCUCUGUCAUGCAAGAAGGCAACUGCACAGGCUCCGCCGCAUUAUCGAGGCAGUCGGUGAUGCUGUUGUGCCUAAAGCGUGGACAACGUUUGUAAUGCAAGGCGCCGACAUAGGCGCCUAUGAAUGUCGGCGCCUUGCUUCCCAGGGUUGUCAUGUGCCUGCAGUCCACUACCGCAAGACAAGUCUGAUUUGUUUACGCAAGUCCAGCAUCACAAAUUUCCUGGCCGAUAUGGGGUGGGGGGAUUUUUCCUUUCGAUAAUUUCUGAUCCUGGACGAGGCCGACCGGUUGGUAGAGCAGGGCCAUUUUCGCGAUUUGACCAAGAUCUUGGACUUUUUGUACAAGGAAAAAAAGGUGGACUUCAUUUUGAACCACAGCGACGCAGCAGGGAAAAAUGAUGCGAAGAGACAGAAGAAAGAAGAUGACACUAUUAACCCGAACGACAUCGAGCUCGGGGCCCGACGAAAGGCGGAGAAACUCCCGAGGCUGCAGACGUUGGUCUUUUCCGCCACAUAUGCAUUGCAAAAGUAUCGUACUAGUACAAAUGGCAUGACAAAUUUGCCCAGCAUGAGAAACGGAAUUUGUCAUGCUGAUUUGCCUUGGGGCGGAGAUUUGUAAUGCAUGACUGCAAUUACUACGAGUGCGAUACUUUUGCACAGGAUACCACCUUGGCGGAUGUGGAGCCGCUGAUGGAAAAGGUCCGGUUCUGCGCCGGCGCGUCGAAUGCGUCGAAAAUGAACAAACCCGUUGUGAUCGACCUGUCGCAGCAGAAGACGAGAUUGCUGGCUGCCGCAAGUGCUGCAACAAUAACUAAGAGCGGCAGCGUUUUUCCGGAAAAACUGCGGUUCGAAAGACUCAGUUUUACCAAAGAUGAGGACCGGGAUUGCUUGCUGUGUUACUACGUGCUGCAGCAGAUCGCCAUGCUGCAGCAAAAUAGUAGGUCAGGAGCUCCUGCUGAUGUUCGUGGAGCAGCACCGAGAACAUCAGCAUCGAAUAGCGAAGACGCAACAACUAUAGAUUGCAAAAAUGUCUGGGUCUGGAAGAGUGCAUGUUUGUCAUGCUUGUCUGGCAUGACUCUUAAAUCUGUCAUGUACGUUACCCAAGAAAAGCCCCAUUUUUCUGUCAUGCAAAAACGCACUCUGUCAUGCAGAAUAGGCAACACCUACAAGCUCAGAAACGUGUCAUGCUGAGCCAGCACUUGUGUACCUUGCUCAUGAUACGCCAACCAGCAUCACAAGUUUCCAGACCCAGACACUUUUACAUUUGAUAACAACACCAGCUUCUGUCACGACCCCGAAAAUGAUCGUGUUCACGAACGCGAUUUCCAUGGUAUCAAAUGUAAAAAUGUCUGGGUCUGGAAGAUUGCCAGGUUUGUCAUGCACAUUUUGCAUGACUUCUGAUGUCUGUGAUGCAUGCCCUAGCAUCACAGAUUUUGUGAGGGCUUCCUGAUGCCUAUACCGCAUGACAAAUGCUCUUUCCGUGUAGCAAAACUUGGACUCUCUUUGCUGCUCAUGCAAUACAGAUUUUUUUAGAAUCCAAGAUCAGCAUGACAAGCUGGAUUCUUCCAGACCCAGACACUUUUACAUUUGAUACAUGGUUUACCGGCUCUAUUCCCUUUUUGGCCUUCUCCUCGGGAGCGACGCGGGGAAGUCGAAACUCGCGGCGAUUGUGCCGCAGAAGGGUAGUACUAGGCGAAACAAUGGUCUUCAUGGUGGGAAAAAGAAUUUUUAUGCGGGAAAUUCAAAAAGGUCCGCGAACGAGUACCCAUUAAAUUGCGACGUUUUCGCCUUGCACAGCAACAUGUCCCAGAAGGAAAGGCUCAACAAAAUGGACAAGUUCCGAAACAGCGGGGUUGUACUAGAUCUUCAUGGGGUGUCCUCGUCCAGAACUUGUGAAGUAGAAGAUGGAAAAGAGCAGCAACAAAUGCAAAGUCCACCGAAGGACGCGGCCAUUCUGAUUUGCACCGACUUGGCGGCCCGCGGGCUGGACGUCCCAGAUGUGAACUACGUGGUGCAUUAUCAGGUAGAUAAUUAAACAACUGACUGUUUAUGUGAUUUUGAUAUUGAUUCUGUGAUGCAAAAGUCUCUAUUACAAGAAAAAAGUUGGCCUUCUAUGCAAUCUAUCAUGAUGACAAAGCUUUGAGUAAACAGAAGAACCGUUUCUCAAACAUUCGCAGUAAGUGACCGACAGAGCUGAAGCAAUCGUGCCGGUGGGGGUGUGUAGUUGUCAUUCUGAUGUAAUUUGUCGUGUACUAUUUUUACGUGCGUGACAGUAACUUGUCGGAGUGGUUUGCACCACAGCUCCGCCAUUGCGCGUUCAUUGUGCAGCGCAUGCGGGACAUUGCUUUACUUUCCUUAGAUGUCUGACGACAGGUUUUUUGCACCAGCAGCUGGUGCAUAUUUCUUGACUAUUAUUCGCACGACAAAUCUAGUCGCUCCUUAUCCAAAUGCGACGUGACAAACACAACUAAAGUGAUGAAUGCAAAAAGUGCCGCGCCAUCCAUUUUCGUCGAGUCGCCAUUAGCUUGGCCUCGCUGACAACAACUCAAAGGCAUCCUGAUUUGUGGCAGAAUUAUACUAGUUUAUUCGGAUAUAGAAGACGCGCGGAACAACUUGCCGUACAACGUCGUUGAAAAGGCCGUUAUUUUCAUUUGCAUUUCCGACUCGCCUAGCGCUCAACGUGCCUGCUUGCCUAUUCGGCGCGAAAUUAAAACGACCAUGACCGAAUAAUUUUCUUCCUCCAACAAAACAACAGGCUCCGCGUUCCUCCGAGAUUUUCAUUCAUCGCACGGGCCGGACCGCCCGCGCCGGCAAAGCCGGUACGGCGUUGAUCAUGCGUGCACCUGGCGACGUGCAGAAAUACGACGAGUUAGUAGCGCAGAAGAACCUUUUUGGCGAGAAGGGAGACGAACUAAUCUUGGAACUGGCGGUUCCGCAGGCCAAGAAGCUCCAGUCGCUGCGGCAACUGUUGGAAAAUUGUUCGAACUUGGAGAAGCAAUUGCACGAGGUGUCCAAAAAGCACAAAGAAAAGGAGUGGUUCAAGCGGCACAGCUAUCAACUGUAAAAAAGUCUGGGUCUGGAAACAUGUAAACUUCUGAUGCGCAUUUGAGACCAGAAAAAAAUCUGUCAUGCAUGGACCGCAAAAGUUGCUCAUUUCUUGUCACCAAAAGAGGGAACUUGUCAUGCGGAUUAGGCAUCGCCUAACCUGCUCAAAACCUGUGUUGCUAGGACUUGCAUGCGAGACCUUCUGUGACAUGCACAAGCAGCAUCACACUCUUCCAGACCCAGACAUAUUUGCAUUUGAUAACAGCAAGGAGUGCGAGCUGGACUUUUCCGACCUUUCGGACUCGGAGGACGGAGAUUUUGGCGGCGGUCACGACGGAGAUUUUGGGGGUGUGAAGAAGGAAAACAAGGAAAAACUAGCGCAAUUGUACAACCAGGUGAAACAAAAAUUGCAAAGCGUUUUGAAGUUGGGAUGACAUGAACUUACUUAAUACCUUCUAACCAACGUGGACGAUAUUCGAAUAUGAUGCGAUGAAUUACUGAAGAAAGUGAUGCAAGUGCGCGAAGAAGUGAAGAAAAGAAAAACGACAUACUAGUGUGGAAGAAUUUCACGUAC